GUCUACUUCGACCCGCCGGACCUGGGUUGGGAGCCCUACUUUGCCUCCUGGGUGCAGAAGUUCGUUCCGGCGAACCGACAGGCCGAUGUCUCUGCCUUGGCCGAGAAAUGGAUCCCCAAAUGCCUGAAGAUGCGGAAGUCAUGCCAAGAGCUGGCACCGAUCGUCGACGCCAACGCCGUCAUCUCCCUGACGCGCCUGUACGAGACGUUUGCCCCCAAGAUCGAUGUCGAGGCCUUCGGAGAGAAGUCUGGUGAGGCUUUGGAAAAGCUCUUCGCUUAUUCGCUGAUUUGGUCUUUGGGCUCCUCCAUCACGGAGACCUCACGUCCUGCCUUCGAUCAGUGCGUUCGGGAGAUCGAGAACUUCUUCCCAGCUUCGCAUCCCAUCUACGACUAUAGCUUCAACUUCGAUAAGGCCGACUGGCAGACGUGGGAGGAGAAGCUGCCGAACCCCUUCAAGCCUGGGGAGGAUACUCCGUUCCACCGUAUCAUCGUGCCGACGACCGACACCAUCCGUAACAUGUUCAUCCUCAACUCCCUGAACGGCAAGCAUUUCCACAGCCUUCUGGUCGGUGCGACUGGCACGGGAAAGACCAUUGCUGUGCAGCAGGCCAUUUCGGAGCUUGAUGACACGGCCUGGACCUCUCUCACGAUCAACAUGUCGGCAAUGACAUCGUCAGGCAAGACUCAAGAGAUCAUCGAGAGCAAGAUCGAGAAACGCAUCAAGAACAAGUUCGGGCCGGCGGGCAACAAGCGAAUGCUCAUGUUCGUGGAUGACCUGAACAUGCCGAGGAAAGACACGUUCGGCUCACAGCCACCUCUGGAAUUGUUGAGGCAGUGGAUCGACUAUGGGUGCUGGUACGACCGUGUCAAGCAGACGCUGAGGUACGUCGAGGGAAUUCACAUGGUUUCGGCCAUGGGUCCUCCAGGAGGUGGUCGCGCGGUCAUUUCGUCACGGUUGCAAUCUGCGGCCAACAACCUUUGCUUCGUGAACCCGGCAGACAGCCAGAUCAGGCGAAUCUUCAUGACCCUGGCGAGCAACAAGCUCAACGAGUUCCGCAACGAAGACAUCAAAGCCCUGUCCGAGCCGCUCACCAUGACUACCAUCGCUAUCUACAGCCAGAUCAGCGAAGGAUUCCUCCCGACCCCGGAGAAGUGCCACUACCUCUUCAACCUCCGCGACAUCGCCAAGAUCUUCCAAGGCGUGUACCUGGCAGAUUCCAAGGUUCAUGAGGAGAAAGAGCAGAUCAUUCGGCUCUGGUACCACGAGUGCUGCCGCGUCUUCAUGGAUCGACUCAUCAACCACGAGGACCGCGAGAAGCUUCGUGGCCUGCUGGAUGCUGCUAUGGACAACGGCUUGCAGGUACGAAGCAAAGAGAUUGAUGGCGGCGACCCGGAUUUCGUGUUCGCCGCCUUGGAUUUGACGAAUCCCGAAGCCGAGGAUGCGACGUACGACUACAUGCAGGAUCGCAAAGGCCUGAAAGCUUUCAUGGAGCAGAAGAACGAGGACUACAACACCAUGUUCAAGAAGUCGCCCAUGUCCUUGGUCAUGUUCAAAGAGGCCGUGGAGAUCUGUUGCAAGAUUCUGCGCAUCCUGAAGCAACCGCAGGGAAAUGCGCUUCUGAUUGGCGUCGGUGGUUCGGGCCGCCACUGUCAAACCCGACUGGCUUCAUACCUAGCCUUCUACAAGUGCUUCUCCAUCGAGAUCACCAAGCAGUACAAGCACCAGGCCUUCCUGGAUGACAUGAAGCGCCUUUAUGAGCUUACCGGCGUGAAGAACCAGGCAAUGACUUUCCUCUUCUCCGACACUGAGAUUGUGGAGGAAAGCUUCCUGGAAGAUGUUGCCAACAUGCUCUCCAGUGGCGAGGUGCCGAACCUGUUCACCAGCGAUGAGCUUGGGACCAUCCGCAGCGGCUUGGAGAAGGCAGCCAAGGAGCAGAAGAUCAACCAGACGGCGGAAGCCAUGUACGACUUCUUCAUCUCGCGG